ACUCCCCUCCAGCUCCAUCACCCGGAAACACAUACAGCAGGGCUCAUUUAGCAUCACGCUUCCAUCAUGGCGGUGAAUCUUACCGAUCUCUCCCUGCCUCAAUUAGAGGGACUGAAAACUCAGCUAGAUCAGGAAGUUGAGUUCCUCACGUCUUCAAUCGGUCAGCUCAAAGUGGCCCAGACAAAAUAUGUUGAAGCAAAGGAUAGCUUGAAUGUCCUCAACAAAAACAACAAAGGAAAAGAAUUGUUGGUGCCACUUACCAGCUCUAUGUACGUCCCUGGAACAUUGAAUGAUGUGGAAACUUGUUUAGUUGAUGUUGGGACAGGAUACUAUGUUGAAAAGAGUGUUGACGACUCAAAGGCAUUCUUCAAGCGUAAAAUAGAUUUCCUCACGAAGCAGAUCCUUGAGAAAAUACAGCCGGCCCUUCAGGAAAAACACGGCAUGAAACAAGCUGUGGUGGAAGUAAUGAACGUGAAGAUCCAGCAGCUCCAACAGAGCCAGCAGUCAUCACAAAUGGUUGGGACCACCAGUGCUUAAUGAGCGCACCUGUUGCAACUCCACAUGACUACGAAGGGGGCUUACAAAUUUUGUUUACAUCUGCUGUCAGAGGUCAAGAAACAUACCUUCGCUGAUAUCUGGAGUCAUGUUAAAUCUUGAAGAAUAAAGAAUGUUUUUGUUUCUGUCUGAAAUAAGUACACAAACCUUGUUGUCAGUACUUUAUGAAAAGGCUGUUGUCAUGGUAAAGUGGUCUGGUGUUUUUGCUCCAUUUUAAAUUUGCUUUACUGAUAUUUGGUUUGUACAAUAAACAAGGUCGUUAUGCACACAAGGAA